AUGGUUUACAGAUCACUGGGCCUUGUGGCCGCAAUCGCAUCCGCAGGACGGGUGGCGGCUCUCAACAACGGCUUGGCCAUCACGCCCCCAAUGGGCUGGAACAAUUGGAACGCCUUCGCGUGCGACGUCUCGGAAGAUCUCAUACUCAGCACCUCGGAGCGCGUCAUCAGCCUGGGUCUGCGCGACCUAGGGUACGACCAUGUCGUGCUGGACGACUGCUGGCAGGACGAGAACGGCCGCGAUGCCCAGGGCAAGAUCCAUCCCAACCUUGCAAAAUUUCCCAACGGCCUGAAGCACGUCUCGGAUCAGUUGCACGCUCAGGGACUUAAGUACGGGAUGUACUCCAGUGCCGGCGAGAUGACGUGCGCGAGAUUCGCUGGCUCGCUCGAUCACGAAAAGGAGGACGCCGAGAACUUCGCCUCUUGGGGCGUAGAUUUUCUCAAGUAUGAUAACUGCUACCAUAUGGGAAGAAUGGGCACGCCGAAGAUCUCCUUUGACCGGUUCAAGGUCAUGGCCGACGCGUUGAACGCGACAGGGCGGCCUAUCGCCCUCAACCUCUGCAAUUGGGGUGAAGACUACGUCCACACAUGGGGAAUGUCCAUCGCCCACGCCUGGCGUAUGUCGGGCGACAUCUACGACUCCUUCACCCGCCCCGAUGACCUGUGCAGCUGCACCACUGCAGCGGACCCUUUCUGCGUCGCCCCAGGAACACACUGUUCCGUUCUCUUCAUCCUUAACCGCGUCGCUGCCUUCGCUGACCGCAGCAUCCCUGGAGGUUGGAACGACCUUGACAUGCUCGAGGUCGGUCAGGGCGGCAUGACGGACGAGGAGUACAAGGCGCACUUUGCCCUCUGGGCCGCCCUAAAGUCCCCUCUGAUGCUCGGCAACGACCUGCGGGACAUGCCCGCCGAGGCAUUGAGCAUUGUCAACAACCCGGCCAUCAUCGCCCUCAACCAAGACCCGCACGGCCGCAGCGUGCUGCGGGUGCGGAGGGACGUCGGCGGGGUACUGACGCCGGACGAGUACGGCGUCGCGGAGACGCAGGUGUGGAGCGGACGAUUGGAGAACGGCGACCAGGCCGUCAUCUUCCUCAACGCGGCGGGCGCCGAAGUCGAGAUGGAGUCGUCGCUGGCCGAGAUCUUCGUUUCGGACGGCCCCGGCGGCGCGGCGCCGCAGGUCAAGUCCAAGUGGGCUAUCCACGACCUCUGGGCCGACAGGAUGUCGACGGAGAUGGCCGAGUCGCUGUUCGCCGCUGACAGUCACGGAUCGAGGGUCAAGAUCCUCCAGAAGGCUAACUGGUACAACGCCACGGAGAUCCCUUACGCCGUUGGCUUGGAGAAGGAGGACCCGAGACUGUUUGGCAGGAAGGUUGGCGAGGUGGAGGCCAAGGGCGUGUUGAAGACCAAAGUCCCUAGCCACGCGGCCAAGGUCUUCCGCCUGAGGAGAAUUGCGACGCCCGGUGAUGGUUUCAAAACUAAGAGCCACGACCGCACUCAAAGGGUUGUCAAGGAGGAGCUGUGA